AAUUUUUGGUAGAUCAGAGAAACUUUCGUUUGUCUAGCUUUUACACAUUUGAGUAGGCAUAGGGUUUGAUAAAUCAUUAUUGAUGAUGACGAUCUGUGUUUCUUUUAGUAUUUUUGCGGCAUUUAGGAUAACCAGUUAACCGGAAAUGAAAAGAAAAUGAAAACAUCAGUCUGAUCAGAUUAUGGAAGUGGAACAUGGAAUAAAGACAUUUCACUAAAAACAAGACUGUGCCUGUAGUCCUUCCAUCAUGGAGAGGAAAGACAGUCAUGAGAACGGUCAUGUCCAUGUGAUCAGGUUUCCAUGGAGACGGGAGCAUAGCAGAAGUGUGGAAGUAGACCCUGUCAAGCCAGGGGAGUUCACCCUGCAGACUCUGUUCUUACAGUUCUGUUCCAUUGCUGAGAAGAAGGUGGAGCAGGUGGUGGCUGAGCCCCUGGAGAAGCCCUUGGCAAAGUCUUUACAGAGAGGGGAGGACUCCCAAUUUGAUCAAAUUUUGGGGGCCUUGGGUUGUGUUGCUGAGCAGAGUUUGCCUUCGAUCCUGCAAAGUUUGUUCAAGUGGUUUGAGAAGCAGAAUUUUAUAGAAGAAUCAUCUCAGCUGGAUUCAAGACAGAGGCACAGAAGUAAAGGGAGUAAAGACUUCUUGUGUGAGAGGAGGGAUUUGGCGGUGGAGUUCGUGUAUUGUUUGGUCCUCAUUGAAGUCUUAGCAAAGCUAAAUUUUCACCCAGGGUAUGAAGAUCUUGUUGUGUACAUCACCAAACAGGCAUUCCGACACUUCAAGUACAAGGAUGGAAUCCAAGCUAAUCCUAAUUCCCAGAACAUUAGUGUGAUAGCUGAUUUGUAUGCAGAAGUGAUUGGAGUCCUCGCUCAGUCAAGAUUCCAGUCUGUUAAGAAGCAUUUUGUAAAUGAGUGGAAGGAACUGAAGCUCAGAGAUCAGACUCCUUACACGGCCCAGAGCAUCAUCAGCCUGCUCAAUGGCCUUAAGUACUUUAGGGUCAAGAUGCAUCCCAUCGAAGAUUUUGAGGCUUGUGUCUCUUUCCUUCAUGACCUUGGGCAUUAUUUUCUGGAUGUCAAGGACAGGGAAAUUAAACAUGCGUUGGCGUCAUUGUUUGUAGACAUUUUGCUCCCAGUGGCAGCAACUGCCAAGAAUGAGGUGAAUGUUCCUGUGCUGAAGAAUCUGGUGGAGAUGUUGUAUACCCCUGUGGUAGAUAUGACAAUGAAGAAGAAACACUCAAAUCAAGUCUUCCCGCUGGUGACGUGCCUUCUGUGUGUCAGCCACAAACAGUUCUUCCUGACCAACUGGCCUUAUUUUCUGACCACCUGUCUGUCCCACCUGAAGUCCAGGGACCCCAAAACCUCCAGAAUGGCGCUCGACUCGCUCCACAGACUGUUAUGGGUUUAUAUGGUGAGGAUUAAGUGUGAGAGUAACAGUGUGACCCACAGUCGCCUACAGAGCAUCGUCAGCAGCCUGUUUCCCAAAGGUUCAAAAGUUGUGACGCCCAAAGAUGUACCCCUCAAUUACUUUGUCAAAAUCAUUCAGUUUAUUGCCAAGGAAAGGUUGGAUUUUGCCAUGAAGGAAAUUGUAUUUGAUUUACUGUGUGUUGGGAGACCUGCCAAAAUAUUUUUGUCCCAUGGACCAGAGAGGAUGAGCAUUGGACUGCGGGCUUUCCUUGUGAUAGCUGACAGUCUACAGCAGAAGGAUGGGGACCCUCCCAUGCCCCAGACCCAGGCCACUCUACCCUCAGGCAGCACCGUCAGGGUCAAGAGAACGUUCCUUAACAAGAUGCUGACAGACACCACAGCCAAGAGUAUUGGGAUAUCUCACUACUACCCACACAUUCUGAAGGCCUUUGACUCCAUGCUUAGGGCAUUAGAUCUGCAAGUAGGCCGACAACUCCUGCAGACCAAGACCGAAAAUGUUGGCAAGGAGCCAGAAGUCUUAAUGGGAGGAGAAAGAAAAUCAAAGAUAGAGUUAUUUAGGACCUGUAUUGCUGCCAUUCCUCGCUUGAUCCCUGAUGGCAUGUCUCCUAUGGAGCUUGUGGAGAUGUUGAACCGACUGACAGUUCAUGUAGACGAAACAUUGAAAGGCCAUGCCUUUCAAGCAUUACAGAACCUUAUGCUUGAGUCGCCCUCUUGGAGAGAAAAUGUCAUAAGAGGGUUUGUGGUGUUCAUCCAGAAGGAGAUCAGUGAUGUGACGAACCAGUUGUUGGACAGUUCACUCCGUCUACUGAUGCAGCUCUUAGUUCAGUGGAAGACUAGCAUGAACACGAACACCAAGGAUAAGAAUUCAGGGGAUGGAAAUGUGGUUCUGGUCAAACAGGAAGUGACAGAUCUGAGCGUGCUCCAUGAGGUUGAGGGAUUGGCUCUAGUAAUGAUGUGUAGUGCAAGGGUUGUCACACGUAAACUGGCUGUCCAUCUCCUGAAAGAAGUCAGAAAUAUCUUCAAUACUGCCAAUACCCAGGGAAACUAUGAGCCCUGCCUCUUGGAGAUGAUUGACAGAUCAUGUGGUGACAUCAUAAAGAGGCUACUGCCAUCUCUUCCUCACUCGGAAAAAUCUUUAAUCAUGACUUCAUCAAACAUUGAUCUGACCUGGAUCAUCGACAGAGCAGCCUCGGUCUGGAAUCCGACCAAUGUAGACCCCAAGAUGCAGGAGAGACACUGGACAGCAGGCCGGGUCAGCCCCUGGAUGAGGUGUGUGGCCAUGUUUGUGUCCAGUGACUUUGGGAUGACGGUGUGUCCUCUGGCUGUGGGAGCCGCUUGGCCCAUAGUGUUCACCAGGCUCAGUAAUGUCUACACUCUACUGGAGCCCAGCACUAUGAUUAAUGAGAAUCGGACUUCACUUCUGCGAUCUGGUACCUCAAACAAGAAACCCACCACAGAGAAAGAUCUGGUGAUGGAGUUAUGGCAGAACUAUGUCAUUCUGGCCUGUGCUGUUGCCCAGAAGGGAAUUACCCCACAAUUAAGAUGUGCCUCACCUGAUCCAGGGUCAUCCCCUGACAGUGCAGGGGGAGAUAAGAGUGACAGCAUCAAGAACAGUAACUCUUACUCCGCCUCCGCUCUGUUCCAAAUGCUGGUACCACUGAUGAAGUGUGAGAACAUUGAUAUGCGGGACACCAUCGUUAAUGGGCUGGGCUACACCAAUCCUGCUGUGUUCAGGGAGCUGAUUGAUGAGUUAUUGGGCUACCUGAAGGAGGCCAUUGACAGGAAGGAGGGCAACUUCAAACGGCGAAGGAAGAAGGAUGUUCUCAGAGUCCAACUCGCUCAUAUCUUUGAGCUGAUGGCAGCCAACAAGACAUUUGCUCAAGCAGAUUCAGGUGUGAUAGAGCAAGAUGAGCACUGUCUGAACAAGACGUUUGUGGAGUACAUCGAUGGAGCCCGCCAGUAUCUGGAGAGUGAGAGUGACAGGAACCUGCCCGACCUACAGGACAUCCGGCUUCACUUCAGUCGCUUUGUACGGGAGCUCAUCAGUAACACUCCAAUGGAGUACAAGCGUACCUUACUGACACGGGACCUGAGGUACAGUUUGUUUCACCUGUUUGGGAAUUGGAGCGGAAAGUUCAGCCAUACCAUGGGGGAUUCCACGGACAGAAGAGUGUCUAAGGAGGAGAUAACUGAUCUAGAACUGUCGGCGGUGCGGGCGAUGUCCGCUGUGCUCUGCUGUGGCCCGGUGUUUGACCCCAAUGGUCUAAAUGACGACGGCUACAUCUACAAGUGGGCCCACAUGCUACUCAGUUCUCAUGAAGACAGGAUCUACGAGCUGGCCAAGGAGACAGUGGUGCUGUUGUUGGACUUUAACCCCGACACCAGCGGGCUGCUGGACUGGGUCAUUGACCGGUGCUACACUGGGGCCAAUGAAGUCGCAGAUGGAUGUUUCAAUGCUUUAGCAGCAGUCUUCCAGUCUAAGGAGUACCCAUGCGACCAUGUUGCCAUGUUGAACCUUGCCCUGCUGAAUGUGGGCAGUCCCAGGACUCAGACCCACGAGACAGCGGUACAGCUGUUACAUCUACUUGACACCCGCUUCUUCCAGGAGCCAAUAUUCUACACAGAGUCUGCAGCAGACGACAUGAACCAUUCACGUCUGCCACUCAAUGACAUCUUCCUCUCUGUGUCCUACUGCCAUGCUCAGAUGUGUCUCUCAGAACAACUGGCCAAACUUCACCCAGAAAUCACCCUGGAUAUGUUUUCUGAAAUUACCCACAGGUUUCAGACAGCCAAACCCUCAGUAAGGCAGACACUCCUGAGGUAUCUGUUGCCAUGGUUACACAACAUGGAGUUGGUGGAUCCCUCCCUACCACAGGCCAGUCCUCUGAGCAAUUUCCUGACUCGUCUUCAUGACCACCAGGUGGAGAACUACAAAACUCCACUGAAAGGAGAAGGAUGGGGGUCACCAGAAGCCACAAAGAUGGUCUUAAACAACCUCUUCUACAUCACUGUCAAGUUUGGUGAUGACCAUUAUCGGGAGAUAGAGGAGCUUUGGGCAGCACUGGUCAUUGGCUGGCCAAACAACUUGAGGGUGAUCAUUCAUUAUCUGGUCAUCUUAACAAACAUGGCAGCAGCUGAACUCUUACCUUUUGCAAAGAGAGUGGUUAGUUACCUGGGGCGAGCGAGGCCUGAGCGUCUGGUGGACGAGUUGAUGAAUGAGUUACAGACGGUCGAGACACUCAACAUGACCAUUGAGCGCACUCAGACGCCCCCUUAUUUUAGGCUCUCCCAGACCAAGCGCUACACUGUCCCCAUCAACACUACAGAUGACGAGAAGCUGGAGACUCAGCCAGGGGACGUUCCUCUAGAAAAAGGGACACUGCACACCAAGCGACACAGUACAAAUGAGGACCUACCAAGUGACAGCACCCCACCCACAGAGUCAACCACCUCUCUACGCAGUGUGUCCAGCACCUCCUCCACACAGGACCAGUUCCUGCUGGAUGAGGAUAUCCAUUUGCCUGGCCCUUCCCCUGCUAGAGUGGCUGAGAACAGAAGAAGUGAGUCCCCAGUCCCCUACCCUCUACCCAUGCCUGCAUACGGGGGAUACUUUGCUCCCCUCUCUGAUUUUCUGCCGGAGAGUCUUCAUCCAACUCCUGGCUUCCACAGGAGUAACAUUGCGGUGAUGUUCCUGUCAGAUCUGGUAUUGGACGGUUUAGAGAUUGAUUGGUCAGCUCAUCUCCCACUGAUGCUCCACAUCAUAUUCUUAGGGUUGGACCACACACGGGCCAUGGUGUAUGAACACUGUAAGAAGCUACUGGAGAACCUAAUCCUCCUGGCUUCUACACAAGAAGGUCAGAACAUUGCUAGGAUGCUGCUGGAGUACCGGAGUAAUAUUUCGGAUACCCUCAAACUCAUCGCAGAGGACAGGGAAGGGCCAGGGGCCUUUGAGAGCAGCACUGAGGAUCCGAUCUCUAGAUCCACCAUUAGUGUGGAGAGCAAAGACAGCAACCAGACCCUAAUCCCUGAUGUUGCUGUAGCAACAGAGCAACUCAGUGACCCAGAUUCUCUCAACACAGUGGAAGAUAUUGUGAAAGCCAUUUUGGAAUUCAUGGAGACAAGACGAGGAAGGCCACUCUGGAGUUGUGAAGACAUUACACCACGAACCCUGAAAACCCAAAGUGCAUACAAGCUGGAAUUCUUUUUGAAAUGUGUUGUAAAGUGCUUUAAAGAGUUAUCUCCCAUUGCCCUUGUGGAGCAGAGGUGGUCCCAUGUGGCGCUACAGCUUGCUUUGUCCUGCUCAUCCAGGCAUUAUGCCGGGAGGUCAUUCCAGGUAUUAAGGGCUCUCCACAUCCGACCGACCACUCAGAUGUUGUCAGACAUCUUGUCUCGUUUGGUGGAGACAGUAGCAGAGCAAGGGGAAGACAUGCAGGGCUAUGUGACUGAGAUCAUUCUGACACUGGAAGCUGCAGUAGACAAUCUGGACAUAGAGAUGCGUCCCAUGGACUACAUGAGGGAGAUAUUCAUGUCCACCCCUAACUUAGCUAAGGAGUACACAGAGGGUAGAAAGGGGUCACUGAUGGCCCCCCGACAAGCUAUCCCCCAUCACGCACGAAGCACGAGUUACUCUGUGACAGGUCCCCCUCACAGAUCUACUCACUUGGAUCUUCGAUUUCGAGCCAGUACGGACAUUGACAGACUCCGGUCCAACAUCCCGCGCUCUCGCAGCGCUCAGUCUCUCAAAAAUGCCGAUCAGAGCAGCUCCGAGGACAAACUGACAAUAGUGGCUCAGAUGUUCUGGAUCGCUGUGUCUGUGCUCGAGUCUGAUUAUGAGUAUGAGUUUCUGCUGGCUGUACAACUCCUAAAACGAAUCCUUCAGCACAUUCAGCCGGAGAGGACGGAAUGUCGUGAGAGACUAGAGAAGAUCCAACAACAAAUUAAGUGGGCCAACUUCCCUGGAGUACAAGCUCUCCUGCUGAAGGGGUUUACCUCGUCUGUUACCAUGGAAGCAGUCUGGUCCUUGCUGUCCAGAUUAACCAUCAGUAUUACUGCCCCUGUAGUGGACCCCACAGAAAAUUUGGGCUUCCCAAUCAAUGUGAUAGCUUUAUUGCCAGUUCUCGUCCAAAACUACGAAAAUCCAAGUCAGAGGUGCAGGGAUGCUGCAGACCAUAUUGUUCAGAUAUGUUCCCAGAAGUCUGAGCGCUUGAACAAUCUUGGCACAGUGAUGUCACUGUACAGUCGCGGAACGUUCGGUAAGGACAGCUUCCAGUGGACCAAGUGUGUGGUGAAGUACGUACUGGACGUGUACGCGACGGCCAGCCUCAGUAUGAUCAGCUUCCUGGUGGAGGUAUUGGAGAAGGGACCGAACAGCUAUCAGUCGUCCGUGUUCCAGAUCUUACACUGUAUGGUUCACUACAUCGACAUCAGCUCUCCCUCCUCCUCUGUCCUCAACUCCGAGCUUAUUCAUGUCAUCAGCAAACAUGUGGAGGGUUCCCACCAUAAGGAGGCCUUAAAGAUCCUCAAACUGGCAGUGACCCGAUCCUCCACACUCGCAGCAGCCCCUCUGUCUACCACCACCACCGCCACCCACAACUAUAACCCCCCCUCCACACACACCUCAUUCGCCGAGGCAGAGAUGUUCCUCACCAAAAAGGAGUUACCAGGCCGUACUCUGGAUUUUGCCGUGGACAUGAAGACAGUGCCCAUUGUUGGAAGUAAUUUCGUCAACAGAGAUAUUCAUGGUCCCGUGAAUGUACAGCCUGUCACACAGGAAGUGCCAACCUCCCCCGCAAGGAAAGGCCCUGGAGAUGGGGAGUCCUGCUGGAGAAAGCCCCAGAGCUCACAACCCCGAGUUCGUGAGCGCCUGGCUGAACUGCUGACAUGUUAUGGUCAGAAGCGUCUUCCCAAGAGCCCUUCAGACACUGUAAUUAACAAGGUCAUAUUCAGCCAAUCAAGUGACACAUUGGAUCACCAGCAAAGUGUUGCUUCAAGUGGAGAAGAGACUUCCACUGCAGAUGGUGGAUCAAGUGACAUCAUGAAUGAACCCAAUGUGAAUGACAUCAACCUGACCAUCAAAGGAUUCGACUUCCUCAACGAAGAGGAUUCGGAGGACAAUGACUACUACUCUUCCUUGGACACCAUCAAGCCCUACCCCAUCACAACACCGGAGAGAGAGCACAUACCCACACGGGCGUACGGUAGUGUACCUGACCUCAAAAUGCUGGACCUGUCCGCCUCAGAAAAAGCGGUCUCCCCCAGCGACAGCAUCAGCCUGAAGGAGACCAGGAUGUCGGACGAGGAGUCGGAGGGUAAUGAAGAGGACGGACUGUCGGCCAGUCUGCCGGGAGGGACCACCAUAGUAUUACAAAACCCCAGCCUGGACAAGGACCGCCCCGAUAGCCCAGACACAACCUCAACCCACAGUCUCCAGAGUGAGGAGAGUGAGAGUGACACUGAUCUGGUGGAGAGCGGUUCUAAUGCGGCGUCCCCGAGCUUCGUCCAGGACAAGGAGACGUUCGUGUUUAUGACGCUACAGAACGACGAGGUGGAAGAUGUGUGGAAGGCACACAUAGCCAAUGUUAUGUCCGAGUCAUCCGCCGUUCUCACUGUCAAGACCUCACAAAUCUUCCCCAGGCUUUACAGAGAAUUACGGAGACGACUGGACACCAUGACAAAAGAGGCGUGUUACUACAUCUCCAAGACAGAAUCGCUGAAGCACAUGGCUACACAGUUCAGACAGAUAAUGGACAUGAUAUUCCUCCACAUGGAGUGUCCUUUCUUCUAUGUUGAUACAGACACAUUGACAGGCAGCAGGACGGUGGAGAAGCACAAGUUCAGUGUGCUGGAGAUCCAGGAGUAUUACGAGACCUACUGUAUGAGGAAGGACCUGGCGGAGCAGAGUUUGGAGGUGAUUAAGUCGUCCAUCAAGCAGGAAUCCCUGGGAGAUGGUGGGCAAGGAACAGCAGUCUGUAGCACUGACCAGAAACUGGAUCUAUGCACCAAAAUGUACCGAGUGAUCUUUCAGCUGGUGUCCCUUUUUGAGAACUUUGUCAAACUGAUGGACACAUUUCGCUCUGUCACCACAUCUCCACAGAUAGCGGACAUGUCCCUACAGGUGUCGUCGGUGAGGGAGGAGGUCUCCCACGCCCUGCUGGAGGUGGAGAAUGGCCAGGUGUCACCGAUCAACACUGACUCCAGUAAGAUCCUGACCAAGGGCGAGGCUGUACUCAGUCUGCUGGAGUAUGUGAAUGGGCUCCAGUUUGUGAAGGCUGUCCAACUCCUGAGGUCAUUCAGAUGUCACUGGCCUAAUGACAUAUUUGGACAAACCAGUGAUGAUGACAUCAUUGCCAUACUGAAUAUCUACUGUGCUUCCCAAGCAGUUAAACGAACAGGUCUGUUUGUAUUGAUGGGACUGGACAUCGACCUUGGGCUCAUCAAAAACCAGCUGAUGCAGCUCAACAUCCAGAUGAGGGGGCGGUCAGCCUCGGUGCCCUCCCUCACCCCCCACACCCCAGGGGAGGACCCCCAACAGGACUCCAGCUCCUUAUGACUAGAACACCUGGGAAAGAUGUCAUUUGUGUAACAGAUAGGAGGGAGAAAAUCCCUAAAAUAUGUCUUGUUUAACUUUCAACAUUAUCAAUUUUGAACUCAAUAUUUCAGUAUUUAUCAAAAGAUUUAAUCAACACAACCACAUAAAUUUAUCAUACAAUUAAAAUGAUUAUAGAAAUAUAAUGGAAAAGAAUACAUUGUUUUAGUCUUAUAUCCGGUAUGAUAAAAAGGAAAACACACAGUACAUGUAACUUACUACCUGUAGAAUUCCAGUGACUAGCUAUUCCAGUAUAUAUUAUCACAAAUGACGUCUUUCCCUGUGGUCAUUCAGCAGUCUCCUUUGGACGUGUUGACUGGCCACACAGAGAGCAAACUGAUUAUUUGCACAUGAUGGGUAUUUCAUACAUGUAGCAACAUGUAGUGUAUAGUGCUAACUGCAGCCUAAUAUGAACUCUGUGUUUACAAGAACUGUUCAGAAGAAUUCAAAAUAGUGCUCCUGUAUUUGGGCAUACAGCUGUACAUACAUGUACAAGGUUGUAUUGUAGUGAUAGAUGAAGGCAUUAACAUUUCCUUCAAUGUCUUGCUUACUUUGGACCAUAUUUUGUAAAGUUUUGCAUGACACAUGCAAUUUAUUUACAUGUACCAUAUUGUAUUUGAUUAUACAUGUGUACUUGUUUAGAAUUCUAAUGUUUCUGUUAUUUAUGUCAUGAGAUUAUGUUGGUUCUGUAUAUUUUGUUCUUUAUAUUAAUUUUUGUCCCCUCCCCUCUCUCUCUCUCUUUGAUGAGAUUAUGCUUCAUUUAUCCCCUUAUGAUGUGUGUGCUCUAGUCUUUCUCCAGAUGGAAAAUUUAUGCAUCAGAAAUUAAAUCAUAACUUCCAAUAACACUAUUUAUUUAUUACAAUCAGUUUGUACAUUCACAGUUUUGCGCAUGUAAUACAUGUAUUUUGAUGCUAAAAGCGUAUUUCAUUCAUAUUGCUUGCAUAUUGGAAUGUUAGCAUCUUUUUCAUAUAGACAAAAAAAACGAAUAAAUCUAUUUCUCUAGUACAUAAGCAAA